AUGCCUGGCGGUGGGUCCGUCGAGAUCUUGUUACUUACGUCCGGAGAUGCCACAUCAAUCGACCAACGCACGCUGUCGUCGUCGUCGUCGGCGCUGGCCAGCCCACGGGGGGGACUAUGCUACGGAGGGCAGAAGUGCGAUGAGAUGUAUCCUCGCUUUUCCCCGACCGCGACCGUGGCGGCGAUGAAGACGGCGAUGGUGUUUGUCGUUGUCGCAGUUGUUGCUGUUGUUGUCGCAUGCAACUGCAAUGCUGCGCCGCCGCGUUUACCGGUGUUUCGAACGGAUGACGAGCUGGGGUAUAAGGGCGGGAGAGUACUCGGUGUUUGCAUGGUACACGAGUACUCUACCUACUCGCCGUCCGUGUGCAGAGUACUCGUGUUGUGGGCCGCCUUCGAUCUCAUCAUCGUCCUCCCCGAGACCGUGUUUCUCUCCAACCCCAUCUACGUCGUCCCCCCAGGUUCCAACAGCAGGGGCGACAUCGUGGUUCGCGUCAUUGCAGCACCAUGUAAGAAUCUAGAUAGUUACUCGGGCUAG